AGUACCAUACAGUUACCGGGUUUCGUGCGUAACUGUAUCGUGAUCCCGACUCAGUCGAGCUCCGAGUAUUUUAAAGUUUAAAAUGGGAAUAGAAUUGAAAAUAUUCCUUCAAACUGCCACUUUUUUAUGCUAUAAUAUUUAACUGAGCUAUUUUUAGCUCUAAUAUUUUUUUAGCAAGGAUAAAGUUGACAUCGCUGGCUUGGUGACUGCUAUCCUCACCAAGCAGAGGUCGGUGGCUAUUGUGAUUUCAUUCUCGAUCAUUGGUCUUCGAAACAGACUAUGGCCGAAGAAGAUACAGAGAGCAUAGUUUCUUCCAGAGACAGUGGGGAGAGCCAAUUUUUAAACUGCGGCAUCUGUAUGGGAAGAUUUGUGAAUCCUAAGAUGCUGCCAUGUCUCCACACAUUUUGCGAACGCUGUCUCCUGCAGUAUGCUCCUCCUGCAAGCUUGACGCUUUCUUGCCCUGUCUGCCGCCAGCAGUCAAUACUUCCCAAGCAAGGUGUCUCAGGACUCCAGAAUAAUUUCUUUAUAAAUAAUUUAAUGGAUGUGCUAGAACAAGCCUCUGUCUGUGCAAUUUGCCAGGUAAAAUCAAAUGGAGGAUCAAAUAAAUGUUUAGAAUGUAACCAGCAUUUGUGCAACCGAUGCUGUGUCAAACACGUAGAGGAUCCCAGCACGAGUCUACACUCCAUUGUGACUGUAGAAGAUAAUUUUUUGUUUAACGACGAUGAUAAUGCUGUUAAUAAUCAUUCCGGACAAAAUAGUGAGAAGAAAAACAAUUUGCUAACAUGUCCUAAGCACAUAAACCAGUCCUUGCGAUUUUAUUGCAAGGAAUGUGAAACAGCCAUUUGUGUGACUUGCACUGAUAUAGAGCAUGCUGGACACAUGACUGCCCGUCUGGCAGAAGCUGUAAAGGAUGAGAAAAGCAACUUGAGAGAACUUUUGAAAAAAGCAUAUGAUCAUGUACCAACUUUGAAAGAAGCUAUUGAAACAGUUAGCAAUGUUACUUUUUCUUUGGCUAACAACCACGAAAAAAAUCGUUUGUUGAUUAAUGACUGUUUUAAUAGUUUGGAAGAAGCCCUCCAUCAAAGAAGAAACGAGCUAAUAGAAGAACUCGAUCAAAUGGCAUCAAAAAAGCGAACCGUUCUUGAAGAACAAAAGAAUCUCUUAAACAUGUGCUUGUCAAAUCUAAUGGCCAAUUCCGAAUUCACCGAAAACGCUUUAUGUUAUGGAAGCGAGACUGAGAUUAUAUUGGUAACAAAACAAAUGGUCGAAAAAUUAGAAGAUUUUGCUGCCAUGAGAAUUCAAAAAAUGCCAGAAGAAAAUGAUUACCUUACAUUCCGACCAGAAGGCUUUGAUACUGCAAAGACUGCUAUUUCGAAUGUAGGCAAUCUGAUGACAACCAGUGCUGUUGCCCAUCAAAGUACGGCUGCAGGAGAAGGCUUGAAGCUGUGUAGAGUCAAUAAACAAACUCUGGUGGUCGUUACUGCAAAAGAUCGUAGAAGUGAUAUAGUCAGAGGAGCAGGAGACGUAUUUGAAGCAGAAUUAGUUUCACCUGAACUGAAUUUCUCUUGCAAACCUAAAAUUGUGGACCAAAAAAAUGGCAGCUACGAUAUGGUGUACACUGUUCCUAAAGAAGGAACGUACCAUUUGAGCAUCAAGUUCCUAGGGCAGCAUAUUUCUGGAAGCCCUUUUGUAGUAAAAUCCUAUAUUGAAGAAGAAUCGUCUUCGAGUGAUAGACCUGUCAGCUCAAAAAUUCCGAGAACAACUGGAGUCAGACAGAGAACCAGCAAGUCUUCAUCCAGUAAUCGUUCUAGUGGAUCUAGACUUAGAAGUAAUGCUAUAGAGGACGACUUAAUUUUGAAAGUCGGAAAUAGAGGUCGUGGAAGAGGUGAAUUCAGUAAUCCACAAGGAGUCUGCUGUACAAGAGAUGGGAGAAUCGUAAUAGCUGACAGCAACAACCAAUGUGUUCAAGUUUUUGAUGCUGCAACAGGAGAAUUUCGACUUCGAUUUGGAGCUAGAGGUAGAUCUCCUGGGCAGAUGCAACGACCAACUGGAGUUACAAUCCUUUCGAAUGGAAAUUUUGCUGUUGCCGAUUACGAAAAUAAAUGGGUGAGCAUCUAUGAUCCGUAUGGGAAGUAUCUAUCUCGUAUUGGAAUUGGAAAACUUCUUGGACCAAAAGGAGUCGCUGUUGAUAGAAAUGGCCAUAUUAUUGUUGUGGAUAACAAAGGCAAUAACGUUCUGGUUUUUCAAGAAAAUGGAAAAAUUUUGUAUAAAUUUGGCAGCCGCCCGUCCGAACCCGGUCGCUUCACCGGUCCACACUAUGCCGCUAUCAACAGCAGAAAUCAAAUAGUCGUUUCAGAUUUCCAUAGCCAUUGCGUAAAGAUUUUUGAUGCUGAAGGUGGCUUCCUAUCGUCUUUUGGAUCGAACGGUGAAGGGAAUGGCCAGUUCAACGCACCAACCGGUGUGGCGAUCGAUAGCCAGGAUAACAUAAUUGUUGCUGAUUGGGGAAACUGUCGAAUCCAAGUUUUUGACAUGAAUGGCUCCUUCUUAUCCUUUAUUAACACUUUUGGUGAUCCGCUUUAUGGUCCACAAGGAUUGGCUCUAACUCCAGACGGGCAUGUAGUUGUGUCUGAUUCUGGAAACCAUUGCUUUAAAGUGUACAAAUAUCUUCAAUAACGAUGUCUAGCGCUAUACUGAUGUUUAUUUAUCACUGUAUAAACUCGUUGAUCCUCUUUUUACAUUCACUCAUUAUUUGACUUUUUGUUUUCUUCCCUGAAAGAAUUAUCGUGCUUUAAUAAAGAUUACGAAACUGACAAGAA